GUUGUGCCACCAGUUUCCACCACUGAAACCCCUGUUGUGCCACCAGUUUCCACCACUGAAACCCCGGUUGUGCCACCAGUUUCUACCACGGAAACCCCGGUUGUGCCACCAGUCUCCACCGCUGAGACCCCGGUUGUUGCCAACCAAUAUCAUCGUUGCUACCACUGCCACCGGUUCCGGGGAUGCCACAACCAGUUCCGUAGCCACCAUGGUGUUACCACUGGCGAUUGCUCCUGCACAGACUAUUCAGCCAAAUGCUAAGCAGUACUCGUUAAUCACCAUUGGUUUCAAGGGCGGAUUGAACUAUCCUUUCGUUGUGAAUAAUACGUUAUCCUCCGCCCAGAUCAUCCAAUACUUACCUUUAGUUUUGGAGUUCCCAUUUGGCUGGAGUUCCGAUCCAAACAUCCUUGUCAGACAAUUAGUUCCCUUCAAUUCGCCAAACGUAAACUACACAAUUACUGUUGCUGAGGUUUACUUCCCAAUUAAUAGCAUCACCAUGCUCCAGAGUUAUAUUACUAACCCUGAAUCCGCACUUUACAACAACAGCGACUCUACCCAGGAAGCGUUGGCUGAGUUGAUUGAUCCUCUGAUUCAGAUAACCGGGCUUAUCCUCACUGCCACCAGUGUCCCUACCCAAACCGUGAUGCCGGAGAAUGGUUCGAUGGGUAUUCAGCUCAACUCCGCCGAGCCAGGUACCCAUCAAACCUCCAAGGUUGCCGGAGUCGCUGUCGGCUCUGUCGUUGGCUGUUCGAUGUAUAUUUCCUUCAUGUUCUUCCUUAUUCGUCGUCUCAAGAUGAGAAACAUGAGCAAGAAAUCCAUCUUGCCGGCGAAUGACUUUGUCUCUCCUGCUGACGGCGACAGUGUCGAUGGCUCCAGCAACUCCAUGACCCGUGCCGAGGAGUUCGAUUUCAGUGCCAACUACGCCCAGUUCAUGGGCCAUUCACCACAGCUUGACUCAUUCCACGACAGCACGCCGUCCACAUCUACGCCGGACAACUCGAAUAUGCACAACUCUCCGUCCCUACCAUCUGCCAGAAACUCUGUUGCCCGCAACACCUCUAUGCGCCACUUUGCCCCAAGACAGUUAGUCUUGGCCAAUACCCAACGCACUGGCGGCGAAGGAAGAACCGAAGCGGGUGAUGUUUCGAAAGUGAUCCCAAAGAUUUCCGAUCCAUUCUACGCGAGUAACUCUUUGGGCUGGUAAGCACAAUAAUACAGGUUCAAGUGGACCGCCUUGGCCUGAAACAACUCUGUACCAUUCAUGUAUGCUUUUUUUCAUUUGAAUUUCCUAAUUCUUGCGACUUCCCUUUUGUUUUAAAUCUUUAGUUCCCUUACAAUUUUAUACCACUCUGAAAAUGCCGUGCUUGUAGAGCCAUUAAAAUGCUUAGAUGGGGUCCAAGGCG